AUGGCACAUGAGGAAAUGGACGUCGACCUGUUUGGUGAAGACGCUCCAGCAGAAGACUUGCCAUCCAGACAGCUGCCCGGAGGAGACUCGUUAUUCAUUUUGCCACCUCCAACCAUGUUUGCGGAGCUCAUGAGGGAGCGAAUCUCUGCGCCAGAGCUGAACAAUGAGGUGAUUGUGCUGGAUGGGGGCGAGAUCCCAACGGCACACGAGCCGUCGCCUGUCGAGUCCCAUACCUCUAAUGCACUACAGAUGUUGCAGGGGGCGCUAGAGCAACUGCGGCAGGCUGCUGAGCUGAACUCUUCAUCACAUCAAACCCGGAAUCGGAGGAGGAACACCAGGAGGCAGCAGAGAGGGGGCUCCCAGCGCACGUCGGGUACCAGCUCACGGACUGGACUCAUGAACUUCUUCCAACUGAGAGGAGGCCAGGGGCACACUGCGCCGGGGGAGGGGAGCAGGAGUAUUAGCCAGGUCAUCUUGGUGCCGCCUGAUGAGUCUGAAGAAGACAGUUCUGAUGAUACAGUGUUGCUAGGGGAUGAAGAAGGGGGCAGCUCCACCGAAGUGGAAGAGGAGGACGCCACAUCUGCCCAACCCGCAGAGCCAGCUCCAGAGGAACUUCAUAUAAAUCUGGUAGAGGCGGGUACAGAAGCCCCUGUGACCUCGGAGCCAGUGGCUGUUGUGGUGGAGGACUCUGCGUCAUCGGAACCCCCAGCCAAAGUCAAGCAGCGGACACCUGUAAAGCCUGCAGGGGGCAUUCCAGCAAUGGAAGAGGAGGAGGGAGACACUUGCACCAUUUGUUUUGAGCCAUGGACCAAUGCCGGCCAGCACCGCUUAUCUGCACUGAGAUGUGGACAUCUUUUUGGCUUUACGUGCAUCGACCGGUGGCUGAAGGGAGGAGCCAACAAGUGUCCGCAGUGCAACAAGAAAGCCAAGCGGUCAGAUGUUGUGGUCCUGUACGCUCGGACGCUGAAGGCACUGGACACUAGCGAGCACGAACGCAUGAAGAGCUCUUUAGAGUUGGAGCAUUCUCUGCGGAAGAAGGCGGAGCUUGAAUCGGCGCAGUGUCGGCUUCAGGUCCAGGUUCUGACAGACGAAUGUGGGAAACUCCGCAAGCAGAUCCUGGAACUGAAGAUGCUGAUUGCUCAGCACGGAACCACCUCCUCCCAGCUGCCGUCCUCCUCUCGGGGGGCAGCAUCCAGUUCACUGUCCUCCAGCCAAGGGCAGCACAAAUACAACUUUGAGAAGGCUGUUCUCAUCAACCAGACAGGGAACUGCCGUGUAAUGUCCUACUGUGAGUGGUUAGGCUGCCUCGUGGUGUCACAGCCGUCUUCCCACGCUACUCUCAUCCCUGGGUGUGGUGUGAAAAAAUUAAGUGCGGCCAACAUGAAGAGCAGCCAAUAUAUACCCAUCCAUUCAAAACAAAUCCGUGGCCUGGCCUUCAAUGCCCGCUCCGACGGCCUCCUCCUCUCUGCUGCUCUGGAUAACACCGUGAAAUUGACCAGCUUGCUAACUAACACCGUGGUGCAGACCUACAAUGCCGGGAGACCUGUAUGGAGCUGCUGCUGGUGUUCUGAUGACACCAACUAUGUUUAUGCUGGCCUGAUUAAUGGAUCGGUGCUGGUGUACGACCUGAGGGACACAAGCCAGUACGUGAAGGAACUGACCCCGCAGGCCUCUCGCUGUCCUGUGGUUUCUCUCUCCUACGUGCCUCGUGCCGCCUCGGAGGUCUUCCCCUGCGGAGGAGUGCUGGCGGGGACCCUGGAAGGAGCGUGUUUUUGGGAGAUGAAGGAUGCCCAGUACAAGCCACACUUGCUGCCCCUAGAGCCUGGGGGCUGUACGGACAUCCAGAUGGAGAGCAGCACACGACACUGCCUGGUCACUUACCGGCCUGGUAAGACCCAUAACUAUAUGCGCUGUGUGAUGAUGGAACUCGCCAGCAACCGCCUGGCGGACUCUGCAGACGAGUACAGCUGUUCCUGUUACCCGGUACAGACUUUCAAUGCAGGACCCACCUGUAAACUGCUAACCAAGAACGCCAUAUUCCAGAGUCCAGACCGUGACAGCAGUAUACUGGUGUGUGCCGGAGACGAGUCCUCCAGCUCUGCCAUGCUCUGGCACUCUGGGAGCGGAAGCCUCAUCCAGAAACUACAAGCUGACCAGCCAGUGUUGGACAUCUGCCCCAUGGAGGUCAACCAGACCAGCCUGCUGGCCACCCUGACAGAAAAGAUGGUGAAGAUCUACAGAUGGGAAUGA